AUGACGGUCAUUUCCACACGUCACUCGGCAACUGAGGGUCCAAUGGGCCCACCCCAAGUCACUUUAGCCGCAGUCAACAGUCACCAGUUAGAGGACGCGAAUUCUACCGUGCUGCCCCCCGACACCUAUUGGGGCCAAUAUGAGGAUAUCACCAAAGCCAAUGUCCACCUGAGCGUGCCGGAGAGAUUGUGGGUUGCAUGGUAUGCGUGGAUGCAGAAUGACGUUCUGGCUACCGGUAUCAUGUCCUUCGCCGUGCACGAGUUGUUCUACUUCGGCCGCUCUCUUCCGUGGAUUUUCAUCGACACGCUGGGUUUUUUCAAGAGCUAUAAGAUUCAAAGUAACAAAGUACCUUCAUUACGCGAGCAAUGGGAUUGUGCCAAGUUUGUGCUUCUGAGCCACUUUACCGUCGAACUUCCUCAAAUCUGGCUUUUCCACCCAAUGGCGCAGUACUUCGGUCUAUCAACCUCGAUUCCUUUCCCAAGUCUCUGGAGCAUGGUAUAUCAGAUUGCAAUCUUUUUCGUGAUGGAAGACACUUGGCACUAUUUUCUCCACCGAGCGCUUCACUGGGGUCCACUCUACAAGGCUAUUCACAAAAUCCACCAUCAGUAUUCCGCACCAUUCGGCUUGGCCGCCGAAUAUGCUUCUCCUAUUGAAGUGAUGAUUCUCGGCUUCGGAACCGUCAGCUGCCCGAUUAUCUGGUGUGCUAUCACCGGUCACUUGCAUAUUCUGACUAUGUAUGUCUGGAUUAUCUUGCGCUUGUUCCAGGCCAUCGAUGCCCACAGUGGCUACGAAUUCCCAUGGAGUCUUCACCAUUUCUUGCCUUUUUGGGCUGGUGCUGAUCACCACGACCUUCACCAUGAGAAAUUCAUUGGGAACUAUGCAAGCAGCUUCCGCUGGUGGGACUACGUCCUUGACACCGAAUACACCCCGGAGGCCCUGAAGCGCCGAAGAGUGAAACAGGCGGAGGCCAAGAAGGCACAAUGA